AUGUCCCUUCGUGCAGCGAAUGCCGUUGAUGACAGUCCACUAGGAUGGCAAGGUGCCAAAAGCACUCUCAAAGAAAGGAUCAGUUACAUGUAUUGCAAAGAUGUCCUAGCCGACGUGUACUUUAUUGUUGGGAAAGAUGACAUGAGACAGCGAAUCCCCGCGCACAAAUUUGUUUUGUCAAUCGGCUCUGUUGUUUUUGAUGCGAUGUUCAACGGCGGCCUUACACCCCAGAACUCACGAGGUAUCCCCUCUGAGUGCCUUUCUUCAGUUUCCCUCGGUUUUACAUCUUGA